AUAAGGUAAAUAUUAUAAUUUAUUUUUCUACUUUCCAUGACUUUAUUCUAAUGAAUUGAACAAGAGUACGAUGAAAUUUCCUUAGAAAAAUCAUGAAAUGUCGAAUGCAUUGGAAAAAAAAGGAAAUGUGAGAAAUUUUCGAUCAUUGUAUUACGAAAACCUUGGAUUACGGGGAGUUGAACAACGCAAAGCUCUUGAACUGCUCUUGAAAGAUGACGAAAUAGAUCUUGAUAAAUUAUCAACAUUUUGUGUGCAAUUUGGACUACCAGCAAUUAAACGACCAUUGGUGUGGAAACUUCUGCUUGGUGUUUUACCACCAUAUCAACAGAUUCAUGAAUUUGUGCAACAACAGCAAAAAGAACAAGUUGAACAUUUGUUGCAUACUCUAAAGGUUAUUAACCAACUUCAUGAAACCAACGACAACUUCAAGGACAAUGUUCCCAUGCAUAUUGUGCAAAUGUAUUUACUUAAUGAAGGAGAAAUGGGAUUUAUGCAGCCAUCAGAGACGUUAGAAGGUGAAAUGAAGGUUCUGAUGUCAAUUGGUAAACUUAUGUCUGGCAUUUUUGAAAACGUGGUCGACAGCCUAUUGGUGAGCACGAAAUUCUUCAAACUUCGACAAAAACAUGCUUCUCAUUUGAAUGCACUCACAGAAAUGUUUGAACAACGAAUUUCAACGGAAGAUCCUGAAGUUUGGUGGCAUCUUAAAACUAUGGGUGUUUCAAAACUACUGCCUUGUCAACGUUGGUUCUCGAGUUUCUUUGCAGAAGAUUUACAAGAUCCUUCAAUAGAAAGAAUUUGGGAUAAGAUAGUCGCAGGAUCUUGUACUAUCCUUGCCUAUGUUGCUGUCGCCAUAUUGCUGGUGUUUAGACAAGUUAUCUUGACAAAAAAAUCAUCAGAAAAUGUUUUACAUUUUCUUUCUCAGAUUCCUCAAGACAGAUGUGAGACGAUCGUCGGUGAGGCAAUAGAUCUUCAUAUCAAACAUGGCUUCGCUAUGAAUAGUCUAUAUAAUGUGAAAGAUUCAAAUAAUACCGGCACUCGUUCAAACGCUGCUGUACAAACAACAUAAGUGCACUGUCCUCACUAUCAACACCCUGGAUUUAUGAUGUUCUGGUUUGUUUUGUAAGGAAAAACCGUUUCAGCACAUCUACUCUUGAAAUUGACAAGAAACUUGAUGUAAAGUAAUUUUUUUUACAAAAAUGUAAUGGAAACCAACUAUUGAAAAAACACGAUCUAAAGCAUAAACUGUAUGAAGAAAUUUUUAACAUAGCUCUAUCGAUGAAAUACAUUCUCCUCUACAGAAGUCAA